AUGGACGCUGAGUUUCUGGCCCGUGGGCUGCUGUAUCUCUCUCUGGCUGUGUUUGGUGUUCCGGGAAACUGCGCCGUAAUCACGGCCUUCCUGCUGGCGCUGCACCGCGAGGGCCGCCUCCUGCCGGCCGACUCCAUCGUCCUGCACCUGGCGUCCACCAACCUGCUGGUGGUGGGUGUGCGCUGCGUGCUGGAAACACUCGCCACCUUCCGCAUCGCUAAUGUCUUCGACGACGCCGGCUGCAAGGGCGUCAUCUUCGUCUACAGGACGUCCCGUGCGCUCUCCAUCUGGCUGACCUUCGUGCUGAGCAGCUAUCAGUGCCUGAGCAUCGCGCCCCCUGGCUCUCGCGGGGCGACUGCCCGCUCUCUCUUCGCCCAGUAUUUAUGGGUCAUCUUCCUGGCAGUGUGGGUCAUCAACGUCUCCAUCAGCGGCCCUUCUGUGGUCUUCUCCGUGGGGGCGAAGAACGACACCAAGCUGAUGGAGAACAGCAUAAACGUCCAGUUUUGUUUCGUCAGUUUCCCGUCCGCUUACACUAGAGACGCUAACGGCGCGGCUCAGACGGUCAGGGACGUCGUCCCGAUGUCACUAAUGACCACUGCUAGCUUCAUCAUCCUCAUCUUCCUCUAUCGCCACAGCCGACAGGUCAAAGGUCUCCGCAGUGGCGCAGGAGGAGGAGGAGGAGGAGGCGGCGCUUCAGCUGAGCGCCGGGCGGCAAUUACCGUGGUGACUCUGGUGACGCUGUACGUGCUGAUGUACGGAGUGGAUAACGGGCUGUGGGUUUACACGCUAACGGUCAGGCAGACUAUGUCGUCCGCGCUGCUCUCGGACCUGCGGAUCUUCUUCUCCUCGCUCUUCGCCGCCAUCAGCCCCAUCAUCAUCAUCAUCUCUAAUAAGAAAGUGAAGAAGCACCUGCAGUGCGGCGGAGAGGAAAAGGCCGCGGCAGGACCCGAAACGACACUCUCGGCGGUUUAA